GCGUUCUUAAGACGAGAGCUGUGAGGGGAAAACUACGCAAGGAGCCCUUCUCCUUUAUUGUCCCUUCUGCUUUCUUUUCACUUCAACAUGAAUGUGGAAAUGCUAUAACGCCUUAUUUUUCUAAUUCCUUAAUGUUGGGCUUUUUUUUUUUUCUUUCUUCUUUAUAUCUCAACUUCCAAUGCUUUUCCUCCUAUGACCUUUAACCUAAACACUCACCACUCCUUUACAGGUUUUUACGGUAAAAAACAAAAAGGAUUCUUCUGUCUUAAUCUUACAUAACUGAACAAAUUUCAUUGCUCAAUAUUUUUACAAUAGUGUGUGCUAUUCUCUUAACUCAAAAAGGUUACCUGAAAAUUCCAGCCCCUCUCUCUCCCAUUUCUCUUCUCGACCCAUCCUCCAGCAAAGAGGGCUCGAAGUUUUUCAUUAUUUUCGGUGUGAUGAGUAUAAACAUCACAAAGAUAACCUUAUCCUCAGCUUAAAGAUACUAGGACGUUUAGCAGUGAUUGGGUUAUAUUUCGGAAGUUACCCUCUAGUGAAAAUUGAUGGAAGUGAGUUAGUGUAAAGCCCUGUAAAGAAAACAAUCCCCAGGCUGCAUUUUCUGGCUCCUGUGUUGGCAUUCUGGUCACUAGGGGAAACGCAUCAAAAACACUUUAGGUGUGUGCUGGAAGGAAUGAGUUUUGUCUUUUUUUAGACGCUCAUAAGCAUCUGGAAACAGACGGUUAAACCAGAAGAAGGUCAAUUUAGACUUUUGUUCUUUUUGAGGUUAAGACAAAAAAGCUAUCUUGAAUGCCUUUAAGAUUGGUUUUCUCAAUUAAAAUCUAAAGCUUGUAGAUAUCAAUGAAUUACCUGCUCAUUUUUUAGGGUGAGGUAUUGACGGUCCCAAGAAAACUUUUUUAAAAAUCGUGUAAUGCUUGAUAAUAGGUAGUUGUAAGCUGCUGCUUGUUUUGAAAAUGUUAGCUAUUAAUGGGAAGAAAUUUUACUGUCAGUAACUUAAGUACAAUUUUGGGGAGUUAAUGUUUGUUUUGGUUUGUGGGGAAUUGAAGAGAACUACUUUGGGGACCUUAUUUUCCUUUGAGGUCUUACCUUUUUGGGGGGGGGAGGGUCAUCAAAUUGAGAAAUUUGACAAGUUCUAGAUAAUUGUUACCUUACCCAGCUAAGAAAGUAAUAUAUGUGAGAUUCCUACCCAAUUUUAAGCUAAAAUGCAUGUAGGCAUUAACUAUAUAUUUUAAUAGGAAAAGGCAUUUUUACCUUUUCCUCCUCUUUUACAGUGCUCAUGGUCAUAGGAAAUAAUUUUUCACAUCUGAUACCCAAGUUAAUGAACUCAGUACGUUCACCAGUUACCUUUUGUUUUUUGUGUUUUUUUGGUAGGUUGAGGUAAUUGUUCAUAAUUGGAAGAAGAAUUAGAAGAGUGGGAGACAGUUUUCUGAUGAUAUACUUUUUUUUGUUCUCUUAAAGCAGUUUCAUAUUCAGCAGUGCUUUUAGUUUUUAAACUAUAGUGACCUUGGUUUUAUAAAAUACAAUUGUUGUGUUAUCUUUGUACGUAAAGGUAAUAACGUUUUAGAGAGUCUCAGAAAAGGAUUUUUAAAUGGUGUUUCUGAAAUGUUUUAAGUAGUUGUUAUACUUCAAACUUUUUUAUUAAAACAAAGAAAAUGUCAAUAGGUCAGUGUUCAAAUUUCAUUUCGUUUAUGUAAGGAAUAAACAACAUAUGUUAACCAUAUCUUAUUGAAAAGAUUUAAAAUUAGAGAGUGACUCUAUGGAAACUUUGGAACAUAUUAAAGAAAGAGGAUUGAUACUAAUAGUUCCUACUUUUAUAGCGUUUUACAGUCCCCCCUCACCAUCUUUGACAUAUUUUCUAAUUUACAAUGGCUGGAGAACUCUUACCAUUUUAGAAAUUAAAAACAGAUACGCAAAAGACAAUGCAGCCAGGAAUCUGAGAUUUGCAAGUCCCAAUCCAUUGCUCACUGCAUGCAUGAAAUAUGCUAUGUAUAUAUUUUGAUUACUUUUCUUAAAAGAGCACACUCCAUGGCAGUGUCUCAGAGCUGUUAAUGGAGUUUGCUAAGAACAAUUACAAGAACUUAAUUUUCCAUUAUAGAUAAUUACCUCUUGAGUUUCCUAAAACAUAAAAGAGCUUUAGGAAGGAAAAUAAAAUUUGCCAAAUUUUUGUUAAGUCAUCCUAGCAGUUAAUCAAUCAUAUUCCCUUCGAAAGUAUUAAGCAUCUGUUACCUUUUUUGUAAAGACCAGAUGUUGUCGAAAGAGAGAAUUUGGAGUCUGAUUUGUGAUAACUGAUAGCUCAAAUCUGGGUAAAAGAAUAUAAAAAACAAAAAAGAAGAAUAUAAUCAAGUACUGUAUGAUAGAAUUAAUAAGAAAUUCAGAAAAUGAAGUUGAAUGAUUUUGUGAACCCAGAGGAAAGGAAAAGUUUUAUUUAGUAUGUAAGACUUAACAUUGCAUAUUAUGAUAAGGGAAAUACGAGUAUUGAUUGUAAAAAUGAGACAAUGAGGAGGUUGCUAGACUACAUAGGCUUGACUGUGUAGUCAGAUAGUGGAGGAGUUUGAAUUCUAGAUUUAGGAAUUUGGACUUAAUCCAAUAUGUGGUAAGGAGCCAUUGAUAGAUUCUUAAUUCUGAGAGUAGCAUAAUGAAAAGAAUUUUAGCAAAGAACAGAAAAUAGCAUAGGAAGAGCAGCAGGGCACACUUAAAAUAUUUAAGGAAGAAGCUUGUGAAAAAUCUGAUCUAAACUGGACAGCAGUGGGAUGUAAAGAAUGAGCAAGACAAUUUCAAGGGAUCCAGAAGAAUAGCAAUACUUAUUAAAAUAAGUCCAUUUAAGCAGUUUGCUUGACAUGUGCAUCAAGUUAACAGAAUUUUAAGUGAGAUUAUCUUUAUUUGGAGUUAGGAGUGAGAUUGGCACUUGAGCUGACUUUCUUUGCAUGUCAUAUUCAUAAAAAUAACGAAUAGUUUGCUGUGUACGACUUCAACUAAAAUUAGAAUUUCAAUCUCAAAAAAUUCUAGUAUCCUUGAUAGAAAUUAAGGGGAAUAGAAAUUAAUAUUUUCUUGUUAUUUUACUUAUUCCCCUCUACCCCUAAUUUUUUUUCCCUAAUUUUUUUUUUUUUGUUUUUGUUUUUUUUAAUAUUUAUUCAUUUAUUUGGCUGCACCAGGUCUUAGUUGCAGCAUGUGGGAUCUAGUUCCCUGACCAGGGAUCGAGCCUGGGGCCCCUGCAUUGGGAGCUCAGAGUCUUAACCACUGGGCCAGCAGGGAAGUCCCUCCCUAAUUUUUUUUAAAUGAAACUUAGAAAAACAUUGAGUCCCAAUUUUUUUUUUUAAACAGUGGUCCUGAGUUUUUAAUCUAGGUUAAGGAUUCUUUAUCAUGAAGGAGUCUAUCUUAUAAUUCCAUGAUUGUGUAUACUUAGUAAAAUUGCUGAAGAGGAAGGAUACUACUUAUUCUGGCAUCCUGUUUUGAGAGCUUGUUCUGGCUUUUUGAGUAGCUGGGAUAUUUUAAAGACCCUAGGAUUCCCAUUCUUAAUAUAUGAGAUGAUUAACUGGAUAAUAAAAGUGAAGAGCAAAACAUAAAUUCAUCUAUCAAUUUGGAAUUCAAAUUUGUGUGUGUUAAGAUAUUUUGUUAAAGAAUAUAAAAAAUAGGAGAAGGCGUUUUUGUUUUUUUUCUUAUUUGAAACCUGUUUUGUAAUAAUAAGGGUGAUGAUUGUGCCAUUAAAAACCCAGCUUGGCCACUAGUUUCUUUUUUUACAAAAAAACCCUCUUGUCUUUUUUUUUUUUUUUUUAAUGAAUACAAAUAAAGUUGAAAUCCUAUUUUAUAGAUAAGAACGUUAAAAAAAAAGUUAGCAGUUUAGGUUUAAAUAAAAAUUCAGUCUAACUUCUUCAGCAAUUUAAUUUUACAUAUCUCAUCACAUCAACCUGUUGCAAAAGAGUAAUAAGGCUUCCAUUCUUUUAGUAGGAGUAUUAAACUUAGGGAAUAGUCUGUGUCUCUUGAGUUAAAUUUUUUUUCUGAAGUAAUAUGUAUCCAAUUUUAAUACUUUUUUGUUCUCCCCAUCCAUUUAUUUAAGCAGAGAAUUUGUAAAAUUUAAGGACAUGUUUUAACAUUCAAAUUUUAAUAUUUGAGAUUCUUUCACUGAAGGGUGCUCAUUUGCACAAUCUAAGCAGAAGGUGGAAUUUUUAAAAGGAACAGUACAACCAGUUGUACCCAGGAUGCCUAACUGUACUUUUACAGAUUUGCCAUAGAUACUUCUUUUGUACCAUUCCUAAAACGAGUAUAAAGAGUCUUGGGAUCUGAAAGACUGUCAAGGGAUUUUAAUAUUUAGAGAUGAGAGUCAUUUUUUAAAAUACAGAUAAACUUUGUUUAUGGACUUAAUUUUGUAAAUGAACUGAAGUUAUGUCCUUAUGGUAUAGUGUGUAGUAUACAAGUGUAAAAAUGGCCUUGAGUAAUCAGCAUAAGUUUUUUAGAGCUUGUAAAUACUGUGAAAACCUCUUGAUAGCAUCAGUGGGUGCUCGGUAGUCAUGUAACUAACCCUGAGACCCCUCCCCUUUGGGUAUAAAAGGUAUAUAUCCUCAAGCUGAGUCAGUUAAUACUUACUAUUCACACAUCGUAACCAGUUUAGUAGAAGUGAAGAUGAGAAAAUGGUAAUGAUUGGAUGGGGAAUCAGUAAACACUGUAAAAAGAAAAAAAUUGAGAAGGAAAUAAUGAAAGAAAAUGUGGUUUCCCCUCCUUCCUUCAAGUUACUGCCAUAAUGUAGUUCUGUAUAAUCUUUAUUGUCUCAUGAGUUUUACCAAGUGUGAGAGACUAGACCUGAACAGUCUGAGGCAGAAGAAAAGUUAAGUUUUUUCCUUGAAACUAAGGCCCUGUAGUCUUAGUGAAGAUUUGUAAAUACUCCGUAACACUAAAAGAUGAGAACAUAACUAGGAAAUUCUGGAAUGGGUUCUUAGUGAUUUGUUUUAAUAUAGCUAAACUACUUUAGUCCUUUUACAUUUAUUUUCUAUACCUUUGAAGUUGCUGCUUACACACUAGCUUUUUGGACAACUGAUCAUAGCGUAUAAGCUGAUUGGUUUAUGAACCACAUUUAAAGUUUGUACAGAAGGAAAUUUCCUGGUGGUCCAGUGGUUAGGAAUCCAUGUUUCACAGGGAUCAAGGGUUUGAUCCCUGGUCAGGGAACUAAGAUCCCGCAAGCCACAUGGCAUGGCUAAAUAAAUAAAAUUUGUACGGAAGAUUUGUAAAUUUUACAGGUAAUUUCACAGUGUGACAUGAGUUUAAAUUUAACUGCCAGUUCUUUAAUAAUUUGUAUAACACCUUGCCAAAAUUAUCCCAAACUUUAGAGACUAUAAAGACAUACAAGUUAGAAUAUCUGUGAGCCUUUGUAGAUACAAAAACCACUUUAAUCUCACUUAGAAUGCAGCAUACUGGACUUUAAAAGAAGGUAAAUUAUUUAAAAAUAGCUAAUAUUUUGAGCAGUUGGUAUUUUCUUUUUAAGAAAUUGCUUUAAUACUAGUUAUGGAUUAAAAAUAGUGAAAAUAUUUCUUUUGUAAGCUUAAGGAUCUAUAAAAGAAACAGCUUAAUACUCAAAAGGAAGGAAGCAGAACUGCUGUAAACUGAAAGACGGAAAUACGUCAAUUGAAUAAACACAGGCUGUUGUCCACAAGUCCUAAAGAAUGAAGUUCUUAGUACAAUAAAUAUAAGUUAUUUGGGUAAUUUAAAUCCCUCCCACCCCCACGUAUAGUCCACCUAAAUGCACUAGUAUGUUUCUGUGAAAGCUCUCAAUUUUACAAAGUAGUAGAGAAAUACAUUUUGAGAAUCUGUUUUAAAAACUUAGACUAUAUUCAUAUAGACUUGAACUUCUGUAAACUUGGCACUGUUACUUGGCAUUUGCCUUGGAAUUUGCCUUGCCAUAAUAUUAGAAUGGGUUAUAGUGUAACAUUUUUAUUGGUUUAUUUUAAUAGGCUUUAAGUAUUAAGCAUACAUAUGGUUGGAAUUUGUUUUCUAUCUAUAAUAUACUAGCUGUAUUAAAAGACACUAGUUAUUUGCUGUAGGAUUUGUUCAUGUUCUGCAACUACAUGUGCAUGUUUAAACCUUUUUCCUGAUUAAAAAGUAGUACAUGGUUGUAAUAUUUUUACACAUAGAUAAUUAUUAGAUUGAGUACAUGGUCAUGGUAUAUUUAUACAUAGACAGUUCUUACACUGCUUGUAUGGGAUACACCAUAGUAAUUUCUUAGUAAUUGUAGUUAGCUCCUUCUUAUUUUUGGCUGUGUACUUCAGCUACCACUAGAGGCCUCUUGUUAAUAAAGAAUAGUUAAAAAAAAACAACAACACUAUUUUAGCAGAUUGUUCUGUGAGAACUUUCUGCCCAGCUCCUGGUUUAUAGUAGGUAAGGUAGACUAGAAGCCUACUUAAGAUAUAUUUCUAUUAAAAUUUGUGAUAUGAUUUGGUUGUCAUAAAUCUGCCCACUUCAAGUAGGCACUAUAUUGGUUGGUGGGUCCAGAUGCAGGUUACUUAGGAAUUUGCAGAACUUUUGACAGAUUUAAGAGUAGGUUAAGUAGUCUCUAGUGAAACGGGACAGAUAACACCCUUCUCAAUGUUUAUUUUUCUCUUUGCAAUUUUAAUUCCUUUUCCAAAUUCUGAAUAGUUGUAUGAAUUUCUAUGGGGAAAGUUGAUAUUACCAUUUCAUAAUGAAGAUAGUCAAAGCUGGAAAAGAAUAAUUAAUAUUUGUCCACAAAGGACUUAUUAUAGUCUUAUUUCUAAUGCACAGUGAAGAGUAAAAGCUUUUUAUGCUCUGUAGUUUUAUUUUUUAGUUUAAGUUUACUGACAGUUGUUGAUUUACCUUUUUAGCUAGAUGUCUCUAAAUUGUUUUUGGAAGUUAAAAUGACUGACAUCUUUGUAAGUUAAAGGGGGGGUUAUGAGCACUCUUUCUUAACCUUGAAUGAUUCCGUGAAAAAAUAGAUACAGUUUGAGGUUUCCCUGAUACAAAAAUUGAAAGGUAGGUAACAGAGGAGGUUAGGUAUUUGUGACACCUUAGAUAAUAAAAAGCAAAAGAUACUCUGUCAUAUCUUAGCUUUUGUUAACAAACUAAAAGGAAAAUUAUACAUUUCCAAUGGGUUGCUAUGCCAGAAAUGAGAUUUAAAAUUUAAAUUGUUACCUAGUUACCUUGUUAACAUUAAUACCUAAAAAGUGGUUACAUUCAGCACUAUUGAAUAAUUUUCUACUAUUGUUUUUAUGAUAGAAGUCUUUAGUAUAUAAACUUUUUACUUCUGUCUUAAAAAUGAAAGGUUUUAAGAGUAUCAGAGCACACAGAACACAAAGUUUUUUGUGUAUAUAACAAGGGCUGUAGUGAUGUUUGUAGAUUUAUACCAAGGGAUCUGUUUAUAUAAGGGAAAGCCAAAAGGGGGGGGGGGUAUAUUUUUACCUAAUGAAAUAUAGGUAAUGAACUGGCCUAUGAGACUUCAAUUACAAAUGAGUGGCCAUACUUUUGUUUUUAGUCCUGAAUAUGCUGCUUUUACAGUUUCAGUGAAUGAAAAAACCUAAACUGCUAUGCCUGUUCCAUGCAUCUGUCCAGAAAUUUAGAAAGUAUCUGAGAUGUGGUGAAAGACUUUCUGUAGGUAAAUAAAUGGAAAAGGUGGAUGUUGAACCAAAGGGUAGCUAUCUAUUUCAGUUUGUUUUCAUCUGGGAAAAAAAAAGGCCUGGCAGCAUCAAUAGUACCGUUUUUGGAAAAAUAAGUCUUUGACAUUAGCCUGAAGGAAAACUUCAAGGAAGUUGGGUGAUAAUCUUAAUGACAUAAAUGAAAAUUGGUGGAAAAUGGGUUUGUUUUCACUAAUAAUCAAGGGUUAAAUGGACAGAGAAACCAAACUGUCCAUCCUACCUUGAUCAUAAGUUCUUCAUAUAUCUAUCAAAAUUUUAAAAACAGGCUUCUAAUAAGUUUUAAAUUAUUUGACUUGGAAAGUUUUGAUUUAUAUCCAAUUUUUUAAGAAGCCAGUCAGUUUUCUGAUAAAUGAUAUUGUCACUGAAGGGAAUAUAAAUAUGCAUAACUAUAUAAAAUAUGCAAAAACUAUAAAAAAGGUAGGAUAAACAAUAAAGACCAUGAUACUAAUUUUGUAGGGUACAUUAUGAUACUUCAUUGGAUAAAAUAGAAUUUUUAAAAUGGCUCUGUUGCAAAAAUAUACAACUUCUAGAAACUUAAAAGGCAAAGGGGAAAAUUUUUAAAUUUCAUAUAUCUUCCACCACCCUCCCCCUUUUUUUUUUUCAGUGUGCUUGUUUUAUUUUAGAUUGUAUCUUUCUGGUUAAGUCAGAGUGAGCAAAGAUAGUGGUCAAACAAUCAGGAAAUGUUAGUAAUUUUACUAAUUGUGUUUUACUUCUCUGAACCUCAGCAUGUGUCCUAUAAUAGUUGAGUUUAGAUAGGUGUGUACAGAUACUCCAGCCUGUGAUGCUUUGCUUUAACUAUAUCUUGGUAUCUUAGCCUGGCUUAGGGAAAGCUUAUUUUGAGAUCAUUGGGAAUCUUCAGGUUAUAAAUUAGUGAAAACUUAAGACAUAGGUAUGGGGGGGGGGGUUACAGUUAAUGUUAGAGUUAUGCUUGAAUUAAGUAUUUAUAUUAAAACUGCUCACAUUUUAGGAACUAGGAUGAAACUUGAAAGGGGAGGAGGGUGAACAGUAUGGUAAAAAACAUUUAGAGAAAUUCAGUAAAUUCUCUUUAAUUGUUAGAAAACUAGAGUUUUGAACAAUUUUAAAGAUUAUAAAAUUGUUUUUUUAAUAAACUAGUUAUUUGCACUUUACCUGCUGGCUUUUCCAUUUGGUAGAUAACAUUCUGAACUCCAGCAGAGUUUUAUAAUCCCCACGUGCUUAAAUAUACUAAAUGUUCUUUUUCCAUUAAGGUUAAUGUUCGUGAAGAAAUUGAAGAGUUUUUUCCAAGAAUGUGGAAGAUAAAUCAAGAUAAAAGAAGGCUAAUGAAAAGUAUUAAAGAUCAGAAAAUUAAAAUUGAAUGGGGGAAAAAAUUGAACAGAAGAUUGGUCAGAUAGAAGCCCUUGAAUAUUUUUUUUAAGGCUAUUUUGAAUUGUUUUGGGGAAGAAUACACGAAGUAUGAAAAAUGAAAAACUCAAUGAAGAAUGAAGAGAAGUAGAAAGCAAGAGUGAAGUAGAAUUAAAAGAAUCUGGAAGAAUGAAUGGGUCCUAGGUUAAGUAAAUGAGUCUCGCUCUCAGUCAAAAUCUCCAACGGGAACUCCUGCUCGUGUAAAAUCGGAGAGCAGGUCAGGAUCUCGUAGUCCAUCAAGGGUUUCCAAACACUCUGAAUCCCAUUCUCGAUCAAGAUCAAAAUCCAGGAGACGGUCUCGAAGUAGGUCAUACACACCAGAAUACCGGCGUCGAAGGAGCAGAAGUCAUUCUCCAAUGUCUAACCGGAGAAGACAUACAGGCAGCAGGGCGAAUCCUGAUCCCAAUACUUGUCUAGGAGUGUUUGGCCUCAGUUUGUACACAACAGAGAGAGAUCUUCGCGAAGUAUUUUCUCGAUAUGGACCGUUGAGUGGUGUCAAUGUGGUUUAUGACCAGCGAACUGGACGGUCACGAGGAUUUGCUUUUGUUUAUUUCGAGAGAAUAGAUGACUCAAAGGAGGCUAUGGAAAGGGCAAAUGGAAUGGAACUGGAUGGUAGAAGAAUUCGGGUGGAUUAUUCUAUCACCAAGAGAGCACACACACCAACACCAGGCAUAUACAUGGGCAGACCAACUCACAGUGGUGGUGGCGGUGGCGGUGGCGGCGGAGGAGGAGGUGGAGGAGGUGGCAGACGUCGAGAUUCUUACUAUGAUCGAGGGUAUGAUCGUGGGUACGACAGAUACGAAGACUAUGAUUACCGGUAUAGAAGAAGAUCACCUUCUCCUUAUUACAGUCGAUACAGAUCACGAUCAAGAUCUCGAUCCUACAGCCCAAGACGCUAUUAAUAAGCAGAGCGGUUGCAGUUGAGGACAUCUUUUUCUCUUUUUUAAAUUCUGGACUUCGCCAAGCUUCUAAUCCUUCCUACUCCUCAAAAAGAACCCUUAAAGAAUCUUUGGUUUGUUUAGCAUCUACACUUUGUCAAUUGUAUUGCUAUUUUCCACCCCUUUUAUUAUAUUCUUAAAGAUGUAAUUGUCAUUUUUGAGUAGUUAAACAUCUUGAGUAAAAAAGGAACCCCCAGUGUUAAGCUUUGUAAAUGAUUUUUUGUUUGUUUUUUGCUUUUAUGGGAAAUUCACUCCUAGCUUAUCAAAAUGAGGAAAGAAAUGAUCUUUUUAAAGCUUCUUUUGUGUUAGAUAUUGUAUUAGACAUUGUAUUAGAGGUCUGCAUUUACUACAAACUCCUUUUUUAACUUUCUUUUGGGGAAGUUAGUAGUAGUUCAGUCAGGUCAAGUUUGUCUGGGGUGGCAUGGAACAGUCAAAUAGUUGAGUGUAGAAAGUUUGAAGCUAUAGAAAAAAUGCUUACUUGGUCAUUUCUUUUGAAGAACAGAAUUUUUGAACCCUAAAAAUUACAUCAUUUUUUUUUUUUUAGAAAUGAAAAGCUUGUGGACUCCUGCAAAACAUGUUGUAUUUAAAAUACAUUUGUUGAAACUUAAAAA